AUGUUUCUUCACUAUCUUCUUGCGUUGUCUGGACUCGAUCUAACACAAUGGAACAAGCGCGAUCUCGCAUACUCGCCGCCCGUCUAUCCUUCACCAUGGUCGGACCCCAACGCUGAUGGCUGGGCUGAUGCCUACGCCAAAGCCAAGGACUUCGUCUCCCAAUUGACCCUUCUCGAGAAGGUCAACUUGACGACGGGAGUUGGAUGGCAAGGAGACCUGUGCGUCGGAAACGUUGGCUCAGUACCUCGACUCGGCCUUCGCGGCCUUUGCAUGCAGGACGGCCCUGUCGGCAUCCGCUUCAGCGACUACAACUCCGUCUUCCCCUCUGGCCAAACCGUCGCCGCCACCUGGGACCGAAGCCUCGUCUACCGCAGAGCCGAGGCCAUUGGUGCCGAACAGAGAGCAAAGGGUGUCGAUGUUGUUCUCGCCCCCGUCGCUGGACCCAUUGGCCGCGCCCCUACAGGAGGCCGUAACUGGGAAGGUUUCUCCGUCGACCCGUACUUGACUGGUGUCUUCAUGGCCGAGAGUGUCAAGGGAAUUCAGGAUGCCGGUGCCAUCGCCUGCGCCAAGCAUUUCGUCGGCAACGAGCAAGAACACUUCAGACAGGCCCCCGAGGCUAUUGGCUACGGAUACAACAUCACCGAGUCGCUUUCUUCCAACAUUGACGACAAGACCAUGCAUGAGCUUUACAUGUGGCCCUUCGCCGAUGCCAUCCGCGCUGGUGUUGGUUCCAUCAUGUGCUCUUACAACCAGGUCAACAACUCCUACGGCUGCCAGAACUCCAAGCUUCUCAACGGUCUUCUCAAGGGAGAGUUGGGCUUUUCUGGAUUCAUCAUGUCGGAUUGGCAAGCGCAACAUGCUGGUGCCGCUACGGCGGUUGCUGGUUUGGACAUGAGCAUGCCCGGCGACACCCUCUUCAACACCGGCCAAACCUUCUGGGGAACCAACCUGACCAUCGCCGUACUCAACGGUACCGUCCCCGAGUACCGUCUCGACGACAUGGCUCUCCGCAUCAUGGCCGCCUUCUUCAAGGUUGGCAUGAGGGUCGAUGAGGUGCCCGACAUCAACUUCUCCUCCUGGACCCUCGAUACUGUCGGUCCCCUGCAGUACUACGCCAAGGAGAACGUUCAGACAAUCAACCAGCACAUUGACGUACGCAAGGGCAAGGAGCACGCCAACUUGAUUCGUGAGAUCGGCGCCAAGGCCACGGUGUUGCUCAAGAAUUCUGGAUCUCUGCCCUUGAAGAAGCCCAAGUUCUUGGCUGUCAUUGGAGAGGACGCCGGCCCGAACCCCAAGGGUCCCAACGGCUGCAGCGAUCGCGGAUGCAACGACGGUACCCUCGGUGCCUCCUGGGGAUCUGGCAGUUCCAACUACCCGUACCUCAUUACUCCGGACCAGGCCCUGCAGAGGCGCGCUCUCGAUGACGGUACCCGCUACGAGAGCAUUCUCAGCAACUACGAAACCGCUGCCACCACUGCCCUGAUCACUCAACCCGGCGCCACUGCCAUCGUCUUUGUCAACGCCAACUCUGGCGAGGGCUACAUCAACGUUGGCGGCAACGAGGGUGAUCGCCAGAACCUGACCCUGUGGAACUCUGGCGACGAGCUCAUCAAGAACGUCUCGUCCAUCAACAACAACACCAUUGUUGUCAUCCACUCCAGUGGUCCCGUCCUCGUCACCGACUGGUAUGAGAACCCCAACAUUACUGCCAUUCUCUGGGCUGGACUUCCUGGACAGGAAUCUGGCAACUCGAUCACGGACGUCCUUUACGGCGAUGUCAACCCCGCCGGCAAGUCUCCCUUCACCUGGGGCGCGACCCGCGAGAGCUACGGCGCCGACGUGCUGUACAAGCCCAACAACGGCGAGGGAGCUCCUCAGGAUGAUUUCACCGAGGGCGUCUUUAUCGACUACCGCUUUUUCGACCGGGCUACUUCUGGCAGCAAUGGAACUUAUGGGAACUCUAGCAACUCUGCGCCAAUCUACCCGUUCGGCUUCGGUUUGUCUUACACCAAGUUCGAAUUUUCCAACCUGGCUGUGGCCAAGAAGGAUGCGGGAGAGUACAGGCCUACGACUGGUGAGACGGCGGCUGCGCCUACUUUUGGUAACCACAGCACCGACCUGAACGACUAUGUCUUCCCCAAGGACCAGGCUCGCUACAUCUACAAGUUCAUCUACCCGUGGCUGAACGUGUCAAACGCCCAAGAGGCCUCUCAGGACCCUCACUUUGGCAAGACGGCGGAGGAGUUCCUGCCGCCCAACGCCCUGGACAGCAACCCGCAGGCCAAGCACCCUGCCUCGGGCAGCCCCGGUGGUAACCCGCAGUUGUGGGAUAUCCUCUACACUGUCACUGCGACCGUGACCAACAAGGGCGACAUUGCCGGUGACGAGGUUGCUCAGCUGUACGUGUCGCUUGGCGGCCCUGACGACCCGGUCAAGGUGCUGCGCGGUUUUGAGCGCAUCCCCCUUGCCCCCGGCGCAUCGGCCACGUUUUCAGCCGAGAUUACAAGACGCGACCUGAGCAACUGGGACGUUGCCAGCCAGAACUGGGUCAUCAGCCAGUACCCGAAGAAGGUGUGGGUGGGCAGCUCGUCGAGAGACCUGCCCCUGAGUGCGUCGCUUUAG